AUGAAGGAGAAAGAAUGGCCCAGGCCACCAAAACCAGGCCUGAAAUACGACGGCACGGAAUACCACCCUGAUUCUUGGGAACAAAUACUGCACAGACUGGACCUACGGUCUAGUCACGACGACUGGAAAUACUGGAAAUGGCUAAUACGCAACCCAACAGAAUUCGGGGACUUCUUAGAGCUUACGCACUACUUCGACGAAUGCUGUCCACCAUUCCAAGAAGCAAGAUGGCGUUAUAGCUGGAGAAAAUUGAAACCGCCUGAGGACCCUUUAGACGAGGAGCCCGAAGAAUUAGAGGUGGUAACUCCAACUAAAUGCCCGUACGGGCUAAUCUUCAGAGGCUUUCGCAAGGAAGACUCUCUGAUAUUCAAAAUCUUUCUUAAAGUAACGGAUAAGAGUAUGGAGUACGGGGGGUCUUUCACAAUUUUCAAUUUUCAACUAACAGGGGACAACACAAUUCUAAAACACACAAACAACAACAACAACAACAACAACCACAACCAAGAAAGGCUCAAAGACCAACCGGCCUAUAACGGCUUAACCGACAAACUACUGCACCACCUGCAAGUAAACAACAAACCUACGGGUGAUCGAACGCUUCAGAUCAACAUGAAGCAAUGCCUGGAAAUCGAAAUGUCGCGGUGGAAGGGAUUGGAAUGGGAUCCUCUUGAAGCAUGA